UUAUCUCACACAUAUGUAAUUAAAUGAUAGUGUAAAGUUUGUUUGCACUCAGUGUAUAGCUAUUUUUUUGUCUUUUGUGAUGUUAUAUUGAGCUUUGUUGCUUAAUUCUUUGCGUUUACUUGGAGCAGUGUUGUCUGAUCAUAAGAAAAGAACUAUGUAUGAUGCGGGCUUGUAUGAUCCUCAAGAGGAAGAGGAUGAGGGCUUUUCUGAUUUUGUGGAAGAAAUGUUGUUCCAUAUGGCUCAAGUGAGGCGAGAGGGAAAGCAUUACGGUUUGGAAGAGUUGCAGGGCAUGUUAAUGGAAAUGGCUAAAGGAUUCGAGUGUCCUUCAAUGUACUGUGGGGUGAACUCUGUGAUUGAUGAGUCUCCGUGCUUAAAGAGGACACGUUUUGACACAAACAUGAUGGAGAAUAAAGGGUCACAUUUUCAAGUACCUGAUCUUAACCUCUAUUGCAGUUAAAGUGAUAUUGAAUUUUGCUAGUUAUUUUCAACAUUUUGAUCAUGCAUUUAUCUGCACAUAUUCUUCCUUGUAUGGUGCUAAAUUCGCGAGAUGUAAGUGUUAGACCCCAGUGUUUUCUCUCAAUUUUUCUAGUUGUAAAUGAUAUGAUGGGCUGAAGGGGAAGAUGAAGAGAAACUAAUGAUUGUGUAGUUUGGAAGUGUUAUGUUUGAGUAAGGAUUUUCUGCCACGGGAUUGUUCA